UUUCCGUCAUUUCGUCACUUCCGGUAAAGAUUAUUCCACCCAUGCUCCCGAAACGGUGAGAUAUUUAACAGCCUCACUGGAAAUAAGACCAAACCACAGACAAAAUGUUCAAAUUGGAAGGACUUGGCCCCAAGAUGGACCCAGAGGAGAUGAAGAAGAAAAUGCGACAAGAUGUCAUCUCAUCUUUACGCAACUUUCUGAUUUACGUCGCCCUUCUCAGAGCCACUCCUUAUGUGUUGAAGAAGCUGGACAGCAUAUGAGGCGAGCAGCUGGACUCUUCCAUCCAUCCAUCCAUCCAUCCACUGAACGUUUACUCCAUCAGAGACAGUAUGGACCAUCCUGAGCUGACAGACGGGGCCGUUACAAGUCAUCAUGUGGAACUCUGAAAGGCUGUGCGUCACUGGACUUGAGGAAACAACUUUUUUGUAAACACUGUCAACAUUUUCGUUUUUGGAUAAUAUAUAACACAUUGUGAACAUUGUUUAGUGUGAAUGUCAUACAAUAAAUAGAGACCAUGCUGAAUUUGUUAAUUAAAAAUGUGCUGUGUUUUGUUUGAA